AUGUUCAUUAUCUAUCUAUCUCUAUCUAUCUAUCUUUUUGAUCUUACUCUAUCUAUUUAUCUAUCUAUCUAUCUAUCUCUGUCUAUCUUUAUUUAUUUUUAUCUUACUCAGUAUGUUCAUUAUCUAUCUAUCUAUCUAUCAUCUAUCUAUCUAUCUAUCUAUCUAUCUAUCUCACUUUAUUUUGAUCUUACCCAGUAUUAUGUUCAUUAUCUAUCUAUCUAUCUAUCUAUCUAUCUAUCUAUCUAUCUAUCUCGCUUUAUUAUUUUGAUCUUUCCCAGUAUGUUCAUUAUCUAUCUAUCUAUCUAUCUAUCUAUCUAUCUAUUUUUAUCUCAUCUUAUUUUUGAUCUCCCAUAUGUUCAUUAUCUAUCUAUCUAUCUAUCUAUCUAUCUAUCUAUCUAUUUGAUCUUACCCAGUAUGUUCAUUAUUAUCUAUCUAUCUAUCUAUCUAUCUAUCAUCUAUCUAUCUAUCUAUCUAUCUAUUUAUUUUGAUCUUAUCCAUCUAUUUUAUCUAUCUAUCUAUCUAUCUAUCUAUCUCGCUUUUAUUUUUGAUCUUACUCUCGUUAUUUUUGAUCUUACUUUGAUCUUACCCGUUCAUUAUUAUCUAUCUAUCUGUCUAUCUAUCUAUUUCAUUUUAUUUUUUAUCUUACUCAGUAUGUUCAUUAUCUAUUCAUCAUUCAUCUAUCUAUCUAUCUAUCUAUCUAUCUAUCUAUUUGAGUCUAUUCUUUAA